CGUGGGGCGCUGAGUUGAGAGGCGCGGAGGCUGCUAGGGCGCUAGGGGGGCUUAGGGGGCAGCUCGGCGACGCCUCCCCGCCACCCGCCGCAACAUGGGCAGCGCGGAGGACGCAGUCAAAGAGAAACUGCUGUGGAACGUGAAAAAGGAGGUGAAGCAAAUCAUGGAGGAGGCUGUCACCAGGAAGUUUGUGCAUGAGGAUAGCAGCCACAUCAUUGCUCUGUGUGGUGCAGUGGAGGCUUGCCUCCUACAUCAGCUGAGACGCCGUGCUGCGGGCUUCCUGCGCAGUGACAAGAUGGCGGCCCUGUUCACCAAGGUGGGGAAGACAUGCCCAGUGGCUGGGGAGAUUUGCCACAAGGUACAGGAGCUGCAGCAACAAGUAGAGGGCAGGAAACCCUUAGCAGGCAACCAGGAUGCCCUGCGGAGACAGGGCUCUGCCAGCGGGAAGGGCCCAGCUCUCAGCCUACAGGCCUUAAAGCACAUAUGGGUGCGCACAGCGCUCAUCGAGAAAGUGUUGGACAGGGUCAUGCAGUACCUGGUGGAGAACUGCAGCAAGUACUACGAGAAGGAGGCUUUACUGGCAGAUCCUGUGUUUGGCCCCAUCUUGGCCUCUCUUCUAGUGGGACCCUGUGCCUUGGAGUACACCAAGCUCAAGACAGCUGAUCACUACUGGACUGACCCCUCUGCUGAUGAGCUGGUCCAGAGGCACCGCAUCCGGGGUCCCCCCAGUCGCCAGGACUCCCCUGCAAAGCGCCCAGCCCUAGGAAUUCGGAAGCGGCAUUCAAGUGGCAGUGCGUCAGAAGACAGGCUGGCUGCCUGUGCCCGCGAGUACGUGGAGUCCCUGCACCAGAAUUCCAGGACACGCCUGCUCUAUGGCAAGAACAACGUGCUGGUGCAGCCGAAGGAGGACAUGGAGGCCGUCCCUGGCUACCUCUCCCUGCACCAGUCUGCAGAGAUCCUAACUCUGAAGUGGACCCCCAACCAGCUCAUGAACGGGACUCUGGGGGACUCCGAGCUGGAGAAAAGCGUUUACUGGGACUAUGCUCUGGUUGUUCCCCUCAGUCAGAUCGUCUGCAUCCACUGCCACCAGCAAAAGAGCGGCGGCACGCUCGUGCUGGUGAGCCAGGAUGGCAUCCAGAGGCCACCGCUGCACUUCCCACAGGGAGGACACCUGCUGUCCUUUCUGUCCUGCCUGGAGAAUGGGCUGCUGCCCCGAGGCCAGCUAGAGCCCCCACUCUGGACCCAGCAGGGGAAGGGGAAAGUGUUCCCCAAGCUACGGAAACGCAGCAGCAUACGGACCGUGGAUGUGGAGGAGAUGGGCACCGGGUGGGCCACAGACUACGUGUUCCGGAUCAUUUACCCCGGCCACAGGCACGAGCACAUCACUAUUAACUACCACCACCUAGCGGCCAGCCGCGCGGCCUCGGUGGACGAUGAUGAGGAAGAGGAGGAUAAACUGCACGCGAUGCUCUCAAUGAUCUGCUCGCGGAACCUCACAGCUCCCAAUCCGAUGAAAGAUGCUGGUGACAUGAUCGAAAUGCAGGGCUUUGGGCCCAGCCUGCCAGCCUGGCACCUGGAGUCCCUGUGCAGCCAGGGCUCCUCCUGCCUCUUCUGCUCUACCCGCAGCUCCCCAUAUGCCACCCCCAGCCGCUGCAGCUGUGUCCCCGACCGGUUGCCCCUCAGGUUGCUGUGUGAGAGCAUGAAGAGGCAGAUUGUGUCCCGGGCCUUCUAUGGCUGGCUGGCCUACUGCCGCCACCUGUCCACGGUGCGGACCCAUCUGUCAGCGCUGGUGCGUCACCACAUCAUCCGUCCUGCCCGGCCUCCGGGGGCCUCAGGGGGCCUCACCAAGGAUGUGUGGAGCAAGUAUCAGAAGGAUGAAAAGAACUACAAGGAGUUGGAGCUGCUACGGCAAGUUUACUAUGGAGGCGUGGAGCAUGAGAUCCGUAAGGACGUCUGGCCCUUUCUGCUUGGCCACUACAAGUUUGGCAUGAGCAAGAAAGAGAUGGAGCAGGCGGACUCGGCAGUGGCAGCAAGGUACAAGCGGGUGCUGGCGGAGUGGAAGGCCUGCGAGGCAGUGGUGAGGCAGCGGGAGCGGGAGGCUCAGCCGGCCCCAUUCACCAAGUUCUCCUCGGGCAGCAGCAUCGACAGCCAUGUGCAGCGCCUCGUCCACCGAGAUUCCACCAUCAGCAAUGACGUAUUUAUCUCUGUGGAUGACCUGGAGCCCCCAGAGCCCCCGGGCACUGAAGAUUGCAGACCCGAGCCUGAGCAGGAGCUGGGAGCGGGGCCCCCGGGCACCGCCGUGGCGGGACGGCAGCAGUCCGUGGAGUUUGACUCCCCUGACUCGGGACUGCCGUCCUCUCGAAAUUACUCUGUGACCUCGGGCAUCCAGUCGAGCAUAGAUGAGGGGCAGAGCAUGGGCUUCGAGGAGGAGGAUGGCGGUGGGGAGGAAGGCUCCAGCGGGCUGGUCCCAGCGGCCAGCGCUUUCUCCGAGCCCCGGGAUGCCAGCCCACACAAGGCCUCGCGGGCCAGCGAGCUGGAGGCAGGGGCCGAGCUGGUGGCCGUGUGCACUGCUGCCUACACCAUAGAAUUACUGGAUACUAUGGCCUUAAAUCUGCACCGCAUAGACAAGGAUGUGCAGCGCUGUGACCGCAAUUACUGGUACUUCACGCCCCCCAACCUCGAGAGGCUCAGAGACAUCAUGUGCAGGUGCUACUCUGGGGCGGGGUUCAGGGCGGGAGGCAGGGGCCCUGCUCCUCUCCCUCGCACCAAAUCCCACUCGGCGCUCUCUGCCUGGAACGCCUUCCCUGCCGUGCCCCCCACCCCACCCCUCUUCCUUCUUCGAGGUCUGUCACAUCGCAGCGUCAGCCAGACUCCUCCAGGAAGCCUAGCCGAUUGCCCUCGCCCCAGCCGGUUCAUCGUCUCUUCCCCUGAGGGCCUUGAGGACAGAGGUCGUGGGCUGUUGACCACGGUCCUCCCAGUAUUUCAGCGUCAUGGAAAGGCUGACUUCUGGGUGGCAGGCUACUCUAGGGACGAUCGCCCCAGGGAUUCCCCCGUAGUGACCGUGUACCGACAUUUCAGCUACGUGUGGGAGCACCUGGACGUGGGUUAUGUGCAGGGCAUGUGCGACCUGCUGGCACCUCUCCUGGUCAUCCUAGACAACGAUCAGCUGGCCUACAGCUGUUUCAGCCACCUCAUGAAGAGGAUGAGCCAGAACUUCCCCAAUGGGGGCGCCAUGGACACCCACUUUGCCAACAUGCGCUCCCUCAUCCAGAUCCUGGACUCAGAGCUGUUCGAGCUGAUGCAUCAGAAUGGAGACUACACCCACUUUUACUUCUGUUACCGUUGGUUCUUGCUGGAUUUUAAAAGAGAGCUGCUCUAUGAGGAUGUGUUUGCCGUGUGGGAGGUGAUCUGGGCGGCCCGGCACAUCUCGUCAGAGCACUUUGUCCUGUUCAUCGCCCUGGCCCUGGUGGAGGCCUACCGUGAGAUUAUCCGGGACAACAACAUGGACUUCACCGAUAUCAUCAAGUUCUUCAACGAACGGGCUGAGCAUCACGAUGCCCAGGAGAUCCUGCAGAUUGCCCGGGAGCUCGUCCACAAGGUGCAGAUGCUCAUAGAAAACAAGUGAGGGCUGCGGCCGGGAAGCAGCGGCCGACUAGGGCCUGGGCUCCGGUCCCCCGGGCCGCACAGGGAGAGGUGCAGGGCAGCACUGCUGAGACUGCCCGACCCCCAGCCGGCCCCGCCUGCCCACCUGAGUUCCUAAAAAAGUGCUUGUGAGCCUGGGAUCCGACUCCGGGCAGUGCUGGCCCUGCGAAGGGGGCGAGUCAGGGGCCUGGAUGCCUCAGGCCGGGGAGGGGCAGGGAGGGAGCGGGUUGGCCUCAGGGAGCGGCUGCCUUGGGGGACACCUACUCUGCUCCCCUCUCCAACACCUGGGAAUAGCCCCCCUGUCGUCUGCAGCCUCGGCCUCUCCUAGGAGAGCUAACAGGGCUAGAGCUGCCUGGCCCCAGCCGGCGCGGGUCGUGUGGGCCAAGGGACUCUGUGCUGUACCUCUUCUUCGAGUCCCUUGGCAGGCGGCGUGCCUGUGCCCAGUGCAGCCCCCGUGGGGGCAGCCAGAACGGGUGCAGGAGCAGCCCACCUCAGCGGCGCUGCCACGGCCUCUGGCCGCCGCGGUGAGCCUGGCCCGGCCCGCCCAGGGCACCCACGUGUACCUGCCCGGGUCCCCUCUCACCGCCUGGCUCUCGCUUUACGCAUUAGUCCCUUCCCUGACAACUGUGUAAGUGACGCUUUUGCCCGCCGGGUGAUCUGGAAUGCGGUGGGGCAUUUCCCUCUGCAGAGGAAUCCCAGGGUGGCUCUUGAGGGGGGAAAUCCUCUCAUAGCCUCCUCUCAGGGACAGGCCUGGCGCCCAUCUCAGGCACCUGCUGAGUCCCUGGGUCUGGGGGCAGGGGAGGAUGCCUGGGUCUCCCUUGUUUGUCCCUGGUGAGAAGCAAGGCUAGUUCUGCCGGCUGCGUGCUGCUGAGGGUGCGGAGAGGCCGCGAGACCCGGAAGUGCCCUUGGAGGAGCCUCACCCAGGGGUGCUGGGAAGGGCCUAGCUCCUAGGCACGCUGCUUGCUCUGCCGUCCCCAUGUCCCCUCCACCCCUAAACACUUGAGGCUAGGGCUAUGCCCUGGGGCGAGGAGGCCACUCUGCCACAGGGGCCAGGGCCUGUCCAGCAGUCCCUUCGGUCUAGAGACUUCCUGCAUUUGAGAAGCAGGGAAAGGGCCCCGCGGCCCUUCUGCAUCCAGCACAGUCUCCCCAGCCCACCCCUGUCCUGGGCACUGCACAGCCGGUCUGGGGGCCAGCCGCCCCAUUGCCUACCCCUGUUGUCCAUGAGUCCUUGGCUGCCACCAAGCAUGGCGGCCAUUGUGUGCCUGUCUUAGUGAUUCAGUGGUUUUGUGAGAAGCAGAGUGUGUAUGUUUUUUGGCUCAGAAACUAUAUUCUUCAGUGUUAACAGACCAAUAAACCCAGCAUUUGGCAAU